AAUCCAGUCCCCGAUGCCGACGUGCGAGGUGUUCAUUAACCACCGCGGGAUCGACACGAAGCGGAACGUGUCGGGCCUGCUGGGCCACUACCUCGGCGUGCUCGGCCUCCGCCCCUUCUUGGACAGCAAGAGCAUGAGGCCCGGGGACCCGUUGUUCAAGAAGAUCAGUGAGGCGAUUUGUGGGUGCAAGGUUGGGGUCGCCGUGUUCUCGCCCCGCUACUGCGAGUCGCCAUACUGCCUCCACGAGCUCGCCGCCUUGCUGGAGAACGGAAAGAGGGUGAUCCCCAUCUUUUGCGACGUGAAGCCAUCGGAGCUUCAGGUCGUGGGCGACGGGAUCUGCUCCGACAUGGACUUGCAGAGAUUUAGGGACGCUAUCGACGAAGCUAGGGACACGGUCGGACUCACUUUCGACACGUCAACGGGGGAUUGGUCGAAGCUCUUGAACGAUGCUACUGAUGCAGUGGUGAGGAAAGUGCUCGAAGUAGACGAAGAGAACGCAAGCAAGAACCCUUCUUACAUUGCACAGAAAUACCUAAAAUUUUCUUGUCUUCCCUGA